GUUUGCAACAGUUUUAGCCAAUGAUGUUUUGGCAACUCCUGUUUACAACUGUUGCAACGGGGAGAUGAGCUACGAAAGUUUCUUUCAUGCAUACACAACAUGUUAAAAAGGUGUGGCUUUUUGUUUGCAAGUACCUUGUUACCUCAGUCUCCUCCCCCUUUAGUUAUUAGCAGAACCUCAAGUUCAAUUUGGUAGCUUCAAGAACAGCAGAAAGACAGAAGGAACAAAAACCUUGUUCAUACUGCGACACUGAUGAUUUGAUAGCUGAACAGCAGGAUUCUAUGCAGUAACAUCACUUGGAAGACAAAUUUAAUCUCGACCUCUAAAGGGAGUGCUGCAGGAGAGAUCAUAUCGAAGGAAGAACUUCAACUGCUUUAAAAAUACAGAUAAAUCUUAUGACCCGGAAAUGAGGCCAAUAGUUUCAAAAUAACAAAAAAGGAAAAGGGCCCAAAGCAAAACUUCAGGCACCCUGCAUGGCAGUACUUAGUAACACCCGUUUUGUUUUACUACGUGGUGUAGUGGUGCUGCUCGUGAGCUUCGUAGCAUUUUACAUUGCGUCUAAACUCAUGACCCGUGAAGUGGAAGUCAAUCAUAAGAAAUAUAUCCAAGAGUCAAAAGCUAAAAAGAUUAGCUGCGAUAUGGAAACAAGUUGUCCUGAAGGCCAUUUUCCAUUUAAGAUCACAAGUGGAGCAGCAAAUGUCGUUGGACCCAGUAUUUGUUUCAAUGGUAAAAUACUCAUGAGCACUAUACAAAAUAAUGUUGGAAAAGGGAUAAACAUUGCUUUAGUAAAUGCUACAACUGGUGAACUAUUAAAGACUGACUAUUUUGAUAUGUGGUCUGGAAAAGUUGAGCUGCUUGUGAAUUUUUUAAAAACGAUAAAGCCUGGCUCUAUUCUGCUACUUGCCUCUUUUGAUGACCCAGCAACAAAGAUGAAUGAUGAAGCAAGAGGAUUAUUUUCUCAGCUGGGAAGUUCUUUAAUAUUUAAUCUGCAUUUUCGAGACAACUGGGUUUUUCUUGGAGCAAAACCGAUUAAGGAAAAUAGUCCAUUUGAACAGGGCUCAUCUUUGUUACAGAUCCUUAAGAAUGACAAGAAAAAGAACAAAUAUGACGGCUGGCCUGAAGCAUUGGAAAUUGGUGGUUGUGUACCAAAGAAGAAAGAUUAGUUAUUUUCCGAUGGCUUUCUCCAUUCUUUAUCUGUUUCGGGGUCCCAGUAUUGGUACACCAUUCCCAGAAACUCUCUUGACAAGUUUUUACCAUCUUUUAUAAACAUUAGUCUUAACACAAAAAAUAUUAUUGUCUUCUUCACUUGUUGGAUCUCAAUUAAAUAAUAUUUAAUUUAGAGAAAUAACUUUUAUAGGCUGGAUAUCAGUGUUCAAAACUGAUGUAAGAACUUAGAAAUAUAACUACUGGAUUACAGUCAGAAAAACAAGUUAUUCUUAUUUUUCUUAACUGAAGGGCUUUGCCAGAUCUUUUGAGUAGGCCUGGGUUGAUCAAAAUUAUAUUUAAAUGUGUAUUAUGUAUAAUAGAAAUUCAAUUUACGAUUGGUGGCACCUAUAUUUCCCUAGACCUUUAUGCUGGACUGGCCAAUUGUACGGAUAAAACUGUUACCUUUUGUAACUCCAGAAACUAAUCAAAAGAAAAAGAAAAACAUGGGAGCCCAGAAUAGUUAUGUACUUAUUUUUUCUUUUGUGAGGUGCUGACAUAUGAUGUGGUGCCGUAAUAACGCAUGCUAUUUACUUACAUAUAAUCCAUAAUGAAUUAAGUGAACAAAGAAUGCUUAAUCAAACAAUAUAUUUCCAAUAUUACUCAAAUAUUACAGAAGUAUUAAAUACACUGGGCCGGCUGGUGGCACGGUGGCAUCAGCGCCGGACUUCGGAGUGAAGGCUCCCAAGUUUGAACCCAGCCAGCUCCCUUGCACGCUUUCCAUCCAUACUGGGUUGAACGGCGAGCUAGCAACUCGGCCUUAUAAAAAUAAGAAGGCCUACUAAAAAAACACCAUCAUGAUGGCGUCCUGAUGACUCCACUCGGAGUUAAGGGCUAAUAAUAAAAAAUAAAUAUACUACACUCCUCCCUGCUUUGCUACUGUAAAAACUCAAACUCAAUAUGGAAUACAUCUCAACUGAAAUAUGUAACAUAGUUCUGUCUAGUCAUCUUAUAUAAAUACUAUAUAAUUCAACUAUAGCAUAGUAAAUUUUAUAUUGUCCCAUUCAGGCCUAAAAGUUUAAUUGCUGUGGAGAGUUUUCUUUCCUGACAGCGCACGGGGGAGAGGGAAUGGUGGGAGAUGGGGGUGCAGUCACUCUGCUCAGCAAGUGAGACUUCUAGCUGUGAAACAAUCUGCAGCCUAAUGCGUGGUGGCUGCAGGAGUUCACUCUGAGACUGUAGGAAAAGGUUCUGACAGCUCCGGACUCCUUUCUUCUCCAACAAUUCACUCUGCUCUCCUCAAAUGGUCGCUGUGUCAUCUCCAGAUGACAUCAGACGCAAUCCCUUCUAGGUAGCAGAGUGAUCCAGUUCUGUUCUUAAUCUUUCCAAGUACACACUUCUGAUCACCUCUGUAGUCCCUCACCAGGACUGCCCAUCCAGGAGAGAUUCAUCAAAUCUCCUUGUGUGAGGAGGCCUCGAAUUGCCUCAGCUAUUUGUCCUGCAUACUCUUUCUGAUUUUGGGUUUGAGGAGAUCCAAAUGUCAGUGCAAAGGACAACCCAGGAACAGCAUAGCUGGUGAGUUAUCAGAUGUGGAGUGUGUUGGAUUGCGAUAUGCAAGAGAAAAUGGGCGAGCUCCUGAUUCAGUGUUAGUGUGGUGUGUUCAACUGACAUUCCUCGCAGUGCAUUCCUCGGACUCUUGUCAAACCUUUCCAUCAAGCCACUUGUAGCUGGGUGAUACAGUGCAGUGACCUGGAUUCAAUUCCCACCACUGCCUAUUAGGAGGUUGUAUGUUCUCCCUGUGCCCAUGUGGGUUUCCUCUGGGUGCUCCAGUUUCCUCCCACUCUCCAAUAUAUAAGAUAUAGGAGCAGAAUUAGGCCAUUUGGCCCAUUGAAUCUGCUCUGUUAUUUCCUUAUUGCUGAGCCAUAUUUCCUCUUAGCCCCAAUCUCCUGCCUUGCCCCGUAUCCCUUCAUGCUCUGACCAAUCAAGAAUCUAUCAUCUCUGCCUUAAAUAUACAUAAAGACUUGGCCUCUACAACUGCCUGUGGCAACAAAUUCCACAGAUUCACUACUCUCUGGCUAAAGAAAUUCCUCCUCAUCUACGAUCUAAAAGGACGCCCUUCUAUUUUGAGGCUGUGUCCUCUGGUCUUAGACUCUCUCACCUUAGGAAACAUCCUCUCCAUAUCCACUCUAUCGAGGCCUUUCACCAUUUGUUAGCUUUCAAUUAGGUCACCUGAUGCAAAAUACUUAUUCAGUUCAUUCUCCAUUUCCUUGUUCACCAUUGCUACCUUUCCAACACCUUUUUACAGCAGUAUGAUAUCCACUCCUACCUCUCUUCUACACUUUAUGUAUCUGAAGAAAUACUUGGUAUCCUCUUUAAUAUUAUUAGCCAACUUACUGUCAUAUUCCAUCUUUACCUCCUUAAUGACUUUUUAGUUGCCUUCUGUUGGUUUUUAAAAGCUUCUUAAUCCUCUAACUCUCCACUAACUUUUGCUCUAUUUUUGGCUUUUAUGUUGGCUUUGACUUCCUUUGUUAGCCAUGGUUGUGUCAUCCUACCUUUAGAAUACCUCUUCCUCUUUGGGAUGUAUAUAUCCUUUGCCUUCCGAAUUGCUUCCAAAAAUUCCGACCAUUGCUGCUCUGCCGUCAUCCCUGCCAGUGUUCUUUUCCAAUUAAUUCUGGCCAACUCCUCUCUCAUGCCUCUGUAAUUCCCUUUACUCCACUGUAAUACUGAUACAUCUGACUUUAGCUCCUCCUUCUGAAAUUUCACAGUAAAUUUGAUCAUAUUAAAAUCACUUGUUCCUAUGUCCCUUUUACCUUAAGCUCUCUAAUCAAUUCUGUUUCAUUUCCCAUUACCCAAUCCAGAAUAGCUGAUCAUCUAGUGGGCUCAACCAUGUGAUGCUCUAACAAGCCAUCUCAUAGGCACUAUAGAAAUCUCCUUUUUUGGAAUCCCACACCAACCUGAAUCUUCCAAUCUACCUGCACAUUGAAGUCCCCCAUGAAUAUUAUGACAUUGCCCUUUCCCCAUGCAUUUUCUAUCUCCUAUUGUAAUUUGCAGGCAACAUCCUUACUAUUGUCUGGGGGUCUGUAAACAACUUCCAUCAGGGUCUUUUUACCCUUGCAGUUCUUUAGUUCUAUCCACAACAAUUCAGCACCUUCCAACCCUAUGUCACCUCUUUCUAAUGAUUUGAUUGCAUUUUUCACCCACAGAGCCACACCACCCUCUCUGCCUUCCUACCUAUCCUUUCAAUACAUUGUGUAUCCUUGAACAUUUAGGUCCGGCUAUAAUCUUCUUUCAGCCAUGAUUCAGUGAUAUCUACAGCAUCAUACUUACUGUAACUGUGCUUCAAGCUCAUCGACCUUAUUCUGCAUACUGUGUGCAUUCAAAUAUAACACUUUUAGUCUUGUAUUCACCCUUCUCAAUUCUGUCCACCUUUUACAUUGCAACUUAUCCUGUUGACUAUCAUUUUGCCCUAACAUCAGUCUCGCCUUGCUAGGAGUCUCACUACACUUCUGUUUGUAACCCAACUACCUCAUCCUCAGCACGACAACUUCAGAUCCCAUCCCUCCGCCAAACUAGUUUAAACCUACAUAAACAACUCUAGUCAACCUGCCUGCAAGGAUAUUGGACCCUCUCGUAUUCGGGUGUAACCCGCCCCUUUUGUACAAGUCAUACGUUCGCUGGAAGAGAUUCCAAUAAUCCAUAAAUCUGAAACCCUGCCCCUUGCACCAAUUUCUCUGCCACACAUUCCACCUGCCAAAUCAUCAUAUUCUUACCCUCACUGGCAGGUGGCACAGGCAACAUUCCAGAGAUUACUACCUUGGAGGUUUUGUUUCUCAGCUUUCUAUCAAGCUCCCUAAAAUCUCUCCUCAAGACCUCCUCAUAUUGUCUCCCUAUGACAUUGGUGCCAAUAUGUCCCAAGACUUCUGGCUGCUCACCCUCCCCCAUGAGGAUGCCAUGGACAUGAUCCAAGGCAUCCCUGAUUCUGGCACCAGGGAGGCAACAUACCAUCCAGGUGUCUCUUUCGUGUCCACAGAAACCCAUCUUUCUUUGCUCCUAUCUCCUAUCAACACUGCAGUAUUCUGCAUCUCUCAGCUCUUCUGAGCCACAACACUAGAAUCAGUGCCAGAGACCCCAUCACUGUGGCUCUCCCGUGAUAGGUCAUCCCCCCCUUAAUAGUAUCUAAAGUUAUUAUUAAGGGGAAUGGGUAUAGGUGUAUUCUGCACUGGCCGUACAUGGCCCCUCUUUCUCCUGACAGUCACCCAGUUACCUGUCUCCUGCAACCUCCAUGUAGCUCCUGUCUAUCACCUCCUCAUCAUUCUGUAUGAGUCAAAGGUCAUCAAGCUGCUUCUCCAGUUCCUUAAUACGUUCUCUCUGGACCUGUAGCUCAGUACACCUGGUCCAGAUGUGUUUAUCUGGGAGACUGGAGAUCUAGACUUCCCACAUGCAGUACAAAAUACUGUCCCUACUGCCAUUCACUAUACUAUGCAUAGCAGAUGAGGAAUGAACAAAUAAGAACACAGAGAGAGUAACUUACAGAAUCAGAAUCAGGUUUAUUAUCACCGCCAUGUGUCAUGAAAUUUGGUAUCUUAGCGAUAUACAUAUAAUAGAUUAAAAUAAUGCAUAAACACAAAUAAUAUAUAUUUUUAAAAAGUGAGGUAGUGAUCAUUGGUCCAAUGUCCAUUUAGGGAUUGUAUGGUAGAGGGGAAGAAGCUGUUCUUGAAUCACUGAGUGUGUGCCUUCAAGCUUCUGUAUCUCCUUCCUGACGGUAACAAUGGGAAGAGGCACAAGACAAUGUAACUCACUGAAACCUCAUCUUGUCUAAGCCUGAUGAGCCAAAGCCACUCUAAAGAUUGGUAUACUCCAAAUGAAUGGCCACUCAAAGAAUGGCCGCUCCACUUGAAUUUGAAUUAUUCUUAUUGGUCCUUUCUAAUGAAUCCCUCUUGCUGAUUGGCUGCCCCUCAAUCAGAAAAACUGUCACGAAACUUUGCUUUUGAAAUCUCAAUCGCUGCCCUGAUUAAAAUAAUGUUUUUCAUGCACCCUUGGUGUGGCUUUUCCAACUUGUUGACUGACAAAGCCCAGACAAUUUCUUCAAUUCAGCCAGGUAUGCUAUUAUGGACUCCUCUUCAUUUUGAUUCAGCUUAUGAAAGCUAAAGUCUUCUACAAUGAACAAUGGUUUCAGUUCUAAAUAUUCCUGCAUUAUGUUCAUGAUAUCAGCAAAGCUCAUUUCUGCUGGUUUAGUUGGAGUAGAUUAAACUUCUAAGCAAACUGUAUGCUUUUCCACCUAUUGCACUCAGUAACACAGUCACUCACUUUUCAUUGCCUAUUUCAUUUGCUUCAAAAUACUACUCAAUUUGCUUGGUGUACAUCAGCCCAGUUAUCUGUUGUGCAAUUGAAUGCAUCUAUAUUUCCGACGAAGCCUGCCAUUUCUGCUUUUUAAAAUUUAUUGUUAUUAUCACUUGGUACUCACUGUUUAUGAAUCCGUAAAUUUCAUCUGUUUUCUGACUUUUUAUUUAACUCAUGCAUUUCUCUCCCCUCCACUUUUGAUGGAAAAACCCGCUGCACUUCAACAGGUAGGUAGUUGUCUCGAGUUAAGUUUAAAACUUCCUCGUCACCACUGUUAUGUUUAGUAACUCCAUAACCUAAGCAAAAGUAAAGUGCGGGAGCCCAAAAUACUUGUGUACUUGGUUUUUCUUUAGUGAGAUGCUCCCAUAUGACAUGGUGGUAUAAUAACGUAUGCUAUUUACGUACUUCUUGCAUAUAAUCCAUAAUGAAUUAUAUAAACGAACAAAGAAUGCUUAAUCAAACAAUAACUACAAUAUUACUCAAAUAUUACUGAAAUAUUAAAUACACUACAAAUGCCACUGGAUACUUCAAACCCAAAUGAUAUUAUUUAGUAAUUCUAUUUUACUGUAUGGAUUUCACAGAAUUAAUGCAGAAAUGGAGGCAUCAAAGUUACUUGCAAAAAGAACUUGUCAUUUGGAGAAUAAAUAACAAGCAUGUUUGAGUUUUUGGUCUGCAGCUUUCAUAAUUCUGCACCUGUUAGCUGUCAUUAACUUGUUCGCCUAUUAGUCCAGAAUGAUGGAAGCAAAGUCCUGUCCCUGUGGUUGUUAGGUAACAUACUGUAUGUGUAAAGAGUUGGAGCAAUUUGUUUCUAAUUCUCAGUGGGGACAGACCAGCUGCAAUAACCUGUCCAAAGAUUGAUUUUAAUUGUCAUUCUCAUUGAAAGAGGGGACAAGAACAGCUGCUUCUGGGAGAUAAAAGGACUGUGAAGGCUGCUAUUCUGCAUUCAGUGCUGAGUCAAAUUGCUGAUACCGACUGGAACCAACCUAACUUGGCAGAUUCCCAUACAGCUGGGAAUGUUGGAUAUUGAUAACAGAUGUUUUUAAAAGAAUAUAUUCAACUUACCCAGCACCAACAUCCUGCAUUUAAACACCUUAAAAGGCUUUCUGAAAAGUUUAAACAAUCAAUAUGAGAAUGUGUAUUUUUCUAAUAAUGUAAUAUAUUGUAUAAUCAUUCAUAUUUUCAAAGCACAAAAUUUUGAUUUUCUCAAUUGUUAAUUGUACUGGAUAGACGGGCAUGUAUUUUUAAUGUGAAGAUAUUAUGUUUGUCCCUUUGUGAACAUUAAGAUUGGGAGACUAUUUAAAAAUAUUUUGCAACAUUUUACUCAAGGUGUUUACCAUUUUAACUUCUGCAAAGGUAUUUUAGCACACACUUUUACUUCCAUCUUUCUGUUAGUAUCAUGGGACCUCAGACUCACGGCGCCAUUGCAGGAACAGAUCAUGUCUAGAACAAGAGGUCAUAGGUUAAGAAUGAAAGAUGAAAUAUUGAAGCGGAAUCUGAGGAGGAGGGCUCUUCUUCCCUCAGAGGGUGGUCUGAGUGUGGAACAAGCUUCUAGCCGGUGAUGGAUGGGAUUCGAUUGCAACACUUAGGAGAAGGUGGAUAUGUAUAUGGAGGGUUCUAGUCCAGGAGUGGGUCAAUGAUACUAGGCAGAAUAACGGUUCAGCAGGAUUUGAUGGGCCGAAAAGCCUGUUUCAGUGCUGUAUUGCUCAAUAACUCUCUGAUUAGUUGGGUUCACACACCAGCUGAUGCUGUCAGGCAUAAGGGUGGGCAUCAGGACGUGGGCAACAGUGGGCACACUUCACCCCGCCUCGCAUCGUGAGCAAUCGGACUUGCUCCAUCUUUGUUCCCCCCCCCACCACCACCACCAACCCGGUAAACUGGAAAAUGUCCCAGGUGACUACCUAGGCAGAGGAGUGAGGAGCAGGUCACGCUUGUGCUGAGUGUAGCAGCCACAGUUGCACUUGGAACCUGAUGACCAAAUUCUUUGACCUUCACGAUUCACUCCAGCCAGUUCUUGUCACACAGCUGAACCCUUCCAUCAGAGGAUGGAGCAUGCUUGAUCUUUAACACUUGGCAGUACUGGAAUGAAACCAGCACUGUUAUGACCAGCUGCCCACUCUAAGAUUUGUGGUGUGUGCUCUUUGCCACCACUUCGCUCUCCAAUUUUCCAAGCAGUCCAAGGUGCACUAAAAAAGUGCAUCUCAAACUUCUUGAAGACUGGAAGUAAAUCUGUAAAUGUGGCAAUGA